AUGGCGUUUGCUAGAGCAGCGAGACGACCCCUUGGAGUGUUUUUCUAUAGUGCAAGUGGUAGAUUUAGUUCUGGAAAUGAGUAUUCUACUGUGACAAGCAAAUUAGAAAGUCUAUCACAGUACAAGAGCUCUGUAUUGCCUGGAUACGCGAGCCCUGUUCGUGGUUUCGGCAAUUUCUUGCGUGGUUUUAGCUCGGAGGCUCCUGCUGUAGCUGACCAGAUGAGUCUCAUCAAGCAGCUGAGGCAAAGAACAAGUGCUCCCAUUAAGGAUGUUAAGGCUUCUCUAGUUGAAUGCAACUGGGACCUUGAGGCUGCUCAGAAGGAUUUGAGAAAGAGAGGGAAAGUUUUGGCUUCGAAGAAGUCAUCACGGACAGCUGCAGAGGGAAUGCUUGCCGUUGCCCAAAACGAAGGAAAAGUUGCGGUUAUCGAACUAAACUGUGAGACAGACUUUGUUGCUAGGAACGACAUUUUCCAGUACUUGGCUUUAGCUAUGGCAAAACAUGCUUUGCUGAUUGAUAAUACUUCUCAGCAAGUUUCUGGUGUCUUUCAUUUUGGGCCUGAGCUUUUUGAGGAGUUGAAGCUGAAUCUCGAUCAUCCGAAAGUGAAUGGUGAAACCACGGUUUCAAACGCCGUUACAGAAGUAGCCGCGAUAAUGGGAGAGAAUGUCAAGUUUAGGAGAGGUUUCUUGCUGUCGAAAUCUUCAGCAGGCGUCCUCUCUGCAUAUCUCCACACAUGUCCCCAACCAGGGUUGGGUCGUAUAGCUGGGAUUGUAUCUCUCGAGGUAGAAGGUGAAACUACUCAACUAGAGGCUCUUCAGCGUGUAGGCUCAGAACUGGCCAUGCAUGUUGUUGCAGCAAAGCCUUUGUUUCUAAGCAAAGACCUUGUUUCUUCAGAAGCUAUAGCAAAUGAACGCGAGAUUCUAAAGUCUCAGGCAGAGAGUACAGCCAAGUCUCAGAUGGCUGUAGAGAAGAUGGUGGAAGGCCGUCUCCGUAAAUAUUUUGAAGAAGUUGCUCUCAUGGAGCAGAAGUUUAUAAUGAAUGAUGCUAUAAACAUUAAGACACUGGUGGAUAAUCUGUCCAAGGAAGUGGGUUCUCCAGUGAAGGUUGCCAAUUUUCUGAGAGUUGAGGUUGGAGAAGGAAUCGAAAAGCUUGAAGCAUCUGACGAACCGGUUGCUCAAACUGCUUGA